GGCAAACCAAGCACGGCUGAGCGAGGAUCCCCGUGUUGAUUUCGAAUUUCCCUUGGAGUUUCUUCUGAAAACAGCACAAUUUUCAGGAUCUUUUUAUUCGCUUGGUAUAUUGAUACUAUGGAGGAUUCAAAUGUGUUUACUGUGCUUUUAUUACAGUAUUUAAUACUAUAAGUAAAUUGGAAAAUAAAGCGAGGCGUCGUCUACUGUUAGUGUUAGGGAAUGCCACGUCGGAAAACCACCCUGUCAGACGUUUUACCUCCGGCUCCGAACCAGGCCGAGGAAACAAGCUCUGACAGUGCUAAGACAAAUGAGAGGCCCAGCAAGCGACGGAAGACAUCAG